UCUAUGAGGAAGAAAGCCAUGAAUGCAUCAAACGGGCUGAGGAAUUCUCUGACGAAAAAGGGCAGGCGGAGCAGCAAGGUUAUGUCCAUUGAAAUUGAGGACGUCCACGAUGAGGAGGAGAUGAAACAUGUCGACGAGUUCCGCCAAGCUCUUAUCUUGGAUGAACUACUUCCUGCAAAGCACGAUGAUUAUCACAUGAUGCUUAGAUUCCUCAAGGCGAGGAAAUUUGAUAUCGAGAAAACAAAGCUAAUGUGGUCUAACAUGCUCAAGUGGAGGAAGGAAUUUGGUUCGGACACUAUUGUAGAGGAGUUUGAAUUCAAGGAAAUCAAUGAAGUGAUUAAGUAUUAUCCGCAUGGACACCACGGAGUGGACAAAGAUGGACGUCCUGUGUAUAUAGAAAGAUUGGGACAAGUGGAUGCCACCAAGCUGAUGCAAGUCACAACCAUGGAUCGUUACAUCAAGUACCAUGUCCAAGAGUUUGAGAAGACUUUUGAUAUCAAGUUUCCAGCUUGCUCCAUUGCUGCAAGGAAGCAAAUCGACCAAAGUACAACAAUCCUUGAUGUCCAAGGAGUGGGUCUUAAAAACUUCAACAAGAAUGCUAGGGAACUUGUCACUCGCCUUCAGCAGAUUGACGGUGACAACUAUCCAGAGACCUUGAAUCGCAUGUUCAUCAUCAAUGCAGGUUCCGGGUUUAGAAUUUUGUGGAACACUGUAAAAUCCUUCCUUGACCCUAAGACUACAGCGAAAAUCCAUGUUCUUGGUAACAAGUAUGAUACUAAAUUGCUUGAAAUAAUUGAUGCAAAUCAAUUGCCUGAGUUUUUAGGAGGCAGUUGUACCUGUCCUGGAGUUGAAGGAGGUUGUAUGCGUUCUGAUAAGGGUCCAUGGAAGGAUCCAGAAAUAAUGAAGAUGGUUCAAAAUGGCGAUCACAAAUGUUCGAAAGGGAAAGGGUCUCAAGCUGAGGAGGAGAAACAUGUGGAGGAAUCCAAGCCUAUGUCCAGGUUGGGAAGUCUCAGCAAACAAGCCUCUUCACUUAGUGAUAAGGGAAACAAGAGUUUCAAGGGGGAAGCGGCUCUCACCAAACAAGUUUCUUCACUUAGUGAUAAGGCCGCAGCGAAUAAAAAGGUCCAAGAGAGCCAGGCUGCUCAAACAAAAACGACACAGCAGGCUCUUGUGGUUGCGGUUAAAACCAAGAAGCAUGAGGACAUUAUCCCCGUGAUUGACAAAACGGUGACAAAAAAGAUUGACAAAGUUGACAAAACUACAGCAUCUAAAGUGGAAAACGUUUAUAGUACUAGAUGUGUCAAUGCCAAAAUGAAAAAAAAUGUGAAAGAAAGAAAGAAUGCACUUCCGAAUAGUAAUUACGCGUUCAACUGGUAUCUAGAUGAAGGAGGAGAAUGCGCCCCUGGUGCCAUGGAUGUUGAUAUGAGCAAGAUUCACGGAAAAGAAAAUUCCAAGGUUUUGAAUGGCCUGAUGGCCUUUGUAAUGGGAAUCUUCACCAUGGCCAGGGUGACACAAAACAUGCCAAAGCAACUCACUGCCUCUGCUUCUUGUUCUUCUAAGACUACUACUACUACUCAUGCCAACAACACCAUCAUUUCUUCAUCACAAAAAAUCCAAUCUUCUACUAUCUCUACUGCAGAGUUCACUACUGUGAUGAAGCGGAUGGCUGAGUUGGAAGAGAGAAUGCACAACAUGAACCAAAAGUCUGCUGCCUUGCCCCCUGAGAAGGAGCAGUUGCUCAACUCCGCUAUCUCCCGCGCCGACAACCUUGAGAAACAACUCAUGGAAACCAAGAAGCAAUUGGAGGAUUCACUCAGCAAGCAAGAGGAGCUCUCUGCUUACAUUGAGAAGAAGAAGAGAAAGAAGAAGAAGAUGAUAUUCUUUUGA